AUGCCAGAGCCUCUCUUCCAGGCUGUGGAGGGUAUUGUUAUGGCGGGGGAUGGGGUCAGCGCAUGCAUGAGAGAGACCUACCACUUUCGGGUACAAGACACAGAGCAGGUUGACACGGAGUACAAGCUGAUCUGCAAGCCUGAUCCGGAUGGCUCAGGGGUUAUCCUCGUUAAGGUGAAGCACAACCCGCUGCGCUAUGCGGUCAUCGACGUCUCUCGCCCCUCCAAAGCCAUUGACUUCCGCCUCAUGCUCUCCACCGACACGCGCCUUUGUGCUCUUGAUGAGGCUACCCGAUCAGUAUGUGAGCGCAUAGCAUCGACUGCAAUCAUCGAGGAAGGCUCAAAAGGCGGCCUGCACUGGCCUAUCACCCUCGACUUUGACAUGGGCAUGAAGAACCCGCGCUCACCAUCCCAUGCACCAGCAGCAGCAGCAGCAGCGCCAGCACAGUGGUUCAGAGUGAAGAGUGUGCGGCAUCAGAAGCGGCUCAAGGUGUUUGGGGGCGGGCAGGUGUGGAAGCUGUCGCGAGUGAACGGGGUGGAGUAUGACCAUGGGGGAGGGCGACUCACGAAUGAAGCAGAGUUCUGCCUGCUUGCGUGGAGAGACGUCAUGAAGGUUAGUGAGUGA